AACAAUUAUUCAUAUUCGUUAGAGCUAUGUUGGCAAUAGUUAUGACAAAGAGAAUCCUGUUGUUAUGUAAACAAAUAUGCUGGAUUUGCGGAUGAGAAGUAUAUGAGUUAUUUUUCUCCACAUAAGCUGGAAUGAUAAGAUUUUUAAAAGAGAUUUAAACUAAUGUUUCGAGCGUACCUUGUUAUAUUUUGACAUGCUGUCUAUGAUAGCUGGAUUUUGUGCAUAUGUAUAUUGGUACAUACGACCUGUUGUUAAGUGGUUCUUAAGAAAAACUACUAGGCUAUGUGAGUUACAAAGAAUUUGCUACGGUGAAAGUUUUGGUUUUAAUCGAACAAAUAAAAUUGAGUUGUCUCUGAACUUAUCUCAAGUUAAAGAAAUGCAGAACAUGGUGGAUCAGCUGAAAAAUUUAGCUUCACAGGGUAGAUUUAUAGACAAAACCAGUAAAAGCUGUGUUGACUAUGCUAUCAGAGUUACACUUGAUGUCAAAGGUAUAAAGCCCGAUUUUCAUAUGCCAUUUAUAAAGAAUUAUCGAACUUGCCUCUAUCAAAUAUAUGGUUGUAGGCAAUUACUUUAUGAGGUUGAAAUAUUACGCAAAACUCAGUAUGUGUCUGAAAACACGGAACAUGAACAGAAGUUGCUGAAGUUGUGGAGUUUGUUAAAACCUUCUGAAGAAUUAAAAAAUAGGAUUUCAAAGCAGUGGGGUGAAAUAGGCUUUCAAGGAGAUGAUCCAAAGACUGAUUUCCGAGGAAUGGGUCUUCUAGGAUUAGAAAAUUUGCUAUAUUUUGCUGCUCAGUAUAAUGAUGCUGCCAGGCAUGUAUUGCUUCAUUCAAAACAUCCAGUAUAUGGGUAUUCAUUUGCAAUAGUUGGAAUAAAUUUGACAAGUAUGGCACUAGAGUUGCUUAAAGAUCAGCAUCUUCUUGUUCAUUUCUAUAAUACUGUUCCUGAUCGACCCCUCAUCAAGGAUUUUCAUAAUGUUUAUUGUUAUCUUUUUUAUGAAUUUGACAAAUUUUGGUUAGCUGAAAAACCAAGAGAUAUCAUGGAAUUCGGAAGGAUCCGAUCGAAAUUCGAGCAAGUAAUCAUGAAAAGACUCGAAAAUCCCGAAGCAAAAUUGAAGCUUAGCUUUUUAAUUGAAACAUUAUGAUGCUUUCUUGAAAAUAUUAUAAAUUUUACUGAUUUAUAUUCAAUUUUAUAAAAAUAUAAGUUAAUACUUUGAUAUGCGGGAAUAAAUUUAAGCUAUAUUGCACUAUACCUAUUCACACUUGUACAAUAUAUGCUUUUAAUUCGUAUAAAUUAUGUUCAAAGAAAAAAAAGUAAAUUGUUUAUUUUUUUUCUUCUAUGCUACAAAUUUCUAAUUGAAAUUUCAUUCAUCUUAAAAAAAUGUGUUGAUUUUUUUAAACAUUAUCAACAAUUAUUAAUAUUAUUUUAUUGUUUUGUUUUUUUAAAUUUAAAUUAAAUUUUUUUUUAUUUGAAUUUUAAAUGUUUCUUAUGUAAUUGCCAUAUCAUCUUAGCAUUAAGUUUGUAAGGAGUUGUUUUCUCAUUAAUAAUGUUUCUUAACUAUAUUUCUCCCUCUAUAUAUUUUUAAUAUGUGCUAAUAUGGUACACUUGGACUUAUAAGUAAAAUAGAAAGCAGAUAUUGCUUUUAAAUGUUUUCUUUUCUUUUUUAUUUUAAAUAACAAAAAUAUAGUAAUUUGUUGUAAUGCUGUCAAUUCUGUGCUAUAUUUAAGAAUGUUAAACUGGGCACAAAAUUUGCAUUGUACAUGCUAUGAGUAACUUAUAAGUUUUUAUUGUGCAAUUUAUCCUUGAAAAAAAAAGACCCAGUCGUGUCUUUCUGUAAUUUUUUCACUUUAAUGAUUUUUAAGAGAGCACAGUUUUUAUUAACUUUUUUUUCUAGCUUGAAUGUUGCUAACAGCGCUAAAGUUAUAUGCCAAAAAAAUUAUGGCUUCAAUAGCAAAACCCCUUUUGAACCUAGCCCCUGGUAUCAGUUUUAUUCCAUAUUAACUUAAUUAAUAAUCAUCAGAAUCAUAGGAUUUCUGCUUUAUUUGAUGAUGAAGACUGGUAUAUUCAUUAAAAUAUUUCUCAUAUUAA